CCGAUCAGCCCCGACACGGCUGGAGAAAGGGAAUGUCAUGGCGGCGGUCGCUGGCAGGGGUAGAUAGGUAGGUAGGUAGAUAGCCGCGGGAGGCAUUGGCGACGUAUGGCCAGGUAUGGCGAAGCGAGUAUGAUACACGUUGUGAUGAGUUGACAAUGAGUGAAUCACACAUAGACGGUUCGCGAAAUACGUUCGAAUAGACGACCACUGGUGAACUGGUGAAAUUUCUUUGAACGGAGAAAAGACGAGAAAGGGGGCACACGAAUGUAAGGAGGAAGAGCGUGCGCACGCGUGUGUUUCGGCAUCAUGUAUUCGAAGAGCGUGCUAUUGUUGCUCGUCGUCGGUUACGGCAUCUCAGGAUUGAGGAUCGCGCUCGCCGACGCCGAGACGCGAGCCGUCGAAAGCGACCAGACAGACGGCACGAUUUUAGUGAACAUCGGUAAAUGUUGCGAGCCCGAGGAGCUGUUACUCGACGACCGAUGCACGCCGGUGACGGAGGUGAACGAGACCAAGUGGCGACCGGAAUUCGUGGCGGAAUCGCGAGACGCGGCAAUUGGGAGAUCGAGAUUCGUCGUGCCCAGAUACGAGCUGAAAAUAGGACGGCCAAGAUGCAAUCCCGACGAGCAUCAAUGGCACGUGUACUAUUAUCCGUCCGGAUCGGAUCGCCUGGCGAUUCUGCCGACCGGCGUGUUACGUCACUACAUCAUCGAUUUAACUAAAGCUGCGAACAAGAACAGCGGCGCCGUGAUGCCGAGUCUCGACAGCAACGAUGACGAUGAUGAUGAACGUGCGGCCAUACACUACGAUUAUCCGUUCGGGCAUUAUUGUGCUGACAAGGCGGUGCUCAGCGAUAAUCAGCUGGUGGCGACGUACGCCAUGCUCUGUGUGCCGGAUAUCGGCGUGCGUUGGACCGACACCAACUACCUGAUGAAACACGCGAUCGAUCCCGCUUUCCAUGCCGUGUCGAUGGCCUGCUAUCUGAUCGUCGCAGUGGUUUACUUUGUGCUGCCGCAGCUGCGAGACCUCGUCGGCAACAUCAUCAGCAGCAUGACCCUCUGCCUCGUGGUCAAUCAGUGCGCCUCCACUGUCAGGAUAUUCACAGAGUUCGGCAAUCACAUCAGCUUCAUGAUCGCCGACUCUGUCAUGUACGUUUCCCUGAUGGCCACUUUCUUCUGGCUCAGCGCCCUGGGCUACUACGUGUGGAACACAUUCAGAUCGCGCAAUGUUUUCCUGAGGGUAACUGAUGGUAGGAAAUACUGCUACUACUCAUCGUGGGUCUGGUGUUUGACGAUCUGUAUAGCCAGUACCGCGAUCUUCGCGCACUUCGCCCUCGAGACGAACAAGCCCACCGUUGGCGGCACGACUUAUCCCGCCCAGGAAACCGUAGGCUGGCUCGGGAUCUCGGUGAUGUUCACGUGUAUCGCCUUCACCGUCGUGAUCGAUCUCUGCUUUGUGCUGACGACCGCGGAGAGGAUCAAACGGAUGAGCACGUACGGCCAAAUUCAUCACAAAAUGAAGUACAGCUUCCGCAUGUUCGUCCUUCUAUAUGCGAUCCUGAGCACCGGCUGGUUGUCGCUAUUACUUUCGCGGCUCAAAUACGAUGCUCUGAUAUAUUGCCAUAUCGUCGUGAACCUGCUGCAAGCAUUGUUCGUGCUCUACGUAUGCGUGUUCGGUCAGCGCAGGGUCACGUUUCUGCUCGGGAAAACGUGCAACUGUUGCAAUUCUGGAGACAACACCGAGGGUCUCGAUUGGGGCGAGGAGAUGACAGCCAUCAACGCGGGUUAUUAACGCGGCAUUAAUUUUUUAUAGAUUGCGAUCUAUGACGCGUAGUACGAUCCUAAUCGGAAUCGUGAUAAAGCAAUAACGAUCAUCGCGCGUUUAGAUCGUGAACUUGCGCGCAUGGCCAUAAGUGAGGUAGACAAAAAAUACCGGAGAUGCAUUUAUGUACGAAACGAGAAACAUUCUAUAGAGUCGCUAAAGUAUAAAUUCGAGAAUUGACGAUAUACAUAUUCUUCGUACUAAAUCGAAAACUUGCCUUGAGAUUUAUCUUAAAAUCACAACUCUUUCAUAAACGUAUAUUUUUCACGCGUGAUUUUUAUUAUAUUUAUAUAUAUUACAUAUAUAUUAAGCAUAAACACAUGCAUGUAUGUGUAUAUAUAUAUAUAUAUAUGCAAUAUAUAACAUACAUAAUAUAUAUGCACAUAUAUAAGUACAUAUGCAUAUAUAUUAAAACCAAAAGAAAUAUUCUUUAUGGAGUGUGAAUAUGUAUUUUAUAUUCUUUAUAGAGCGUGGAUAUGUAUUUUAUAUUCCAGAAAGAAACAGUAUUAUGAGUAGUAGCGUUAUUAUAUAAAAGCAAACAUAAAACGUGCGAAAAUAUAUAUAAAAAAAGAAAUACGUAUAUAUUCGAGACAAUAUUGAAAAAGAUUAAUUAUAUUGGCAAAAUAUUAUAAAUAAUGAAAAAAUCAAGGUGAUCAAAUCAAUGUAGAAGUAGAAAACAAACAAAGGAAAAGUUGUUGAAUCUCACACAAACACAUACACAUAUUGAAGGAGAUUUUAGAAAUUCAAAAAAUUUGUAGAAAGUUAUAUAUGUGAAAUACACAAUCAAUUAAAAUGUUUGGAUUGAUAAGCAAAUGAUACGGCACUGAUAAAAAAUUAUGUAUCUAAUAUUUCAUAUUUGGUGAUUAUAUGUGCCUUAAAUGAAAUCAAUUUCUUGCCUUAUAAAAAUGUAUGUGAAAUGUUUUUUUGAUACUUCACAAUUUUAACACAUCUAAUAUCUUGCAUGUAUCAAUGUUUAUAGUAUAUUAUUUCAUCAUAGAUGUACUGACGAUAGGUUCUAUAUAUAAAAUCGAUUAUAUUGUGCAAUCAAUUACCGUAUUUAAUUAACAAAGUCUGUUAUGCAUAUGUGUUGCACAAUAUAGUUAAUUAUGUGUCAUUGAGCCUUAAAUGAUCUUAUAUUUUUAAUGAUAUUUGUAUAGUAUUUAUAUCUAUAUAGCAUAUGUGUUGUAUAUAAAAUUCGAUUUUUGUAUGAGAAAGAUGUAUUAGAUUCGAUAAAAGAAUUCGAAACGAUAUCCUGUAUUAAAUUAUUUGACACAUCUUAU